CCGCAUCGCCCUAUAAAUACCCACAAAAUCCAAACACACCAUGCAUUGCAUUCCCCAAAAGCAAACGAGUUCUCUCUCACUUUCUCUGCAAUUUUCAGGUUUUUGAGAAUUUUGGCUGGCAACAAUGUCUGGACGCGGAAAGGGAGGCAAGGUGUUCGGCAAGGGAGGAGCAAAACGUCACCGGAAGAUCCUCCGUGACAACAUCCAGGGCAUCACCAAGCCAGCGAUUCGCCGCCUGGCCCGCAGAGGUGGCGUGAAGCGAAUCAGCGGCCUGAUAUACGAGGAGACUCGCGGCGUCCUCAAGAUCUUUCUCGAGAAUGUGAUUCGUGAUGCCGUUACCUACACGGAGCAUGCAAGGAGGAAGACGGUGACGGCCAUGGACGUUGUCUAUGCGCUCAAGAGGCAGGGCAGGACUCUGUACGGGUUCGGGGGUUAAGAGUUUUGGUGGGGAAACUUGCUGUCAAAGGGACUGGGGAUUGGUAUCGGGUAUUUUUAACGUCUAGGUUUUGAAUAAAAGUGGUGUCAUGUAAGAUACUACGAAACCCUUUUUAUGAUAUGAAAUUUCAUUUAUUACUAUUAAUUAAAAAAAAUAUUAUUGCACCUA